CUCCUGUCCUUUUCCUCUGGGUUUUGUCGUGUGCAGAAUAGGCCUGAGACAACUGCAGCCCAUUUACUACCACAAGGGAAGCCAGACUGUAUGUGGAGCAAACCCACAGGAGGCAGAGGACAGACAAGGGACGCGGUGACGUGAGUCCUGCAUGCAGGAGAGUACUCACUCUGCACCAGAUGUGAUGGUGAUGCCGCUUUUGAAUGAUACUAAAGCCUAAGGAACACCUCCUAUGCAUAGCUAAUAUGACCUCCACAAAACAUGACGGCACAGGUGGUGCUAUCUAUCUUCCUCAUUCUCACACCACUUCUGAAUGGAUUUGAAGAUACCUUGUUUUCAGCUUUCUUUAGUUAUUUGAGUAGUACAAAUGAGCAAAUCAUCAUUGGAAGAUUUGAUGAAGAUAUAAUUCUCCCUUGCUCAUUUAAGAGUGGGUCCAAAGUCAUAAUUCACUGGCAGAAUCAAGGUACCAACAAUGUUCACAGUUACUACAGAGGCAGUGACCAUUUGGAAAGGCAAGAUCCCAGAUAUACAAACAGGACAUCCCUCUUCCAAAGUGAGAUUCACAACGGGAACGCUUCUCUGUCUCUCAGAAGAUUAAGCCUUGUGGAUGAAGGAAUUUAUGUCUGCUAUGUAGGAACUGAAUUUGGAAAAAGCAAGAACACUGUGGUGCUAAAGGUGGGAGCUUUCCUCAUGCCUGUGAUGAAGUAUGAGAAGAGGAACACAAACAGUUCCUUAAUAUGCAGCAUACGUAUUCAUCCUCCUUCAAAUAUCAUGUGGAAAAUGAACAACACCACACCUGUCUCUGAAAGCAAUAUGGAAGAAAUCAGGUCUUCGGGUCCUUCUUAUAUUAAAAGUACACUGGAUAUUACAGGAUCACAUUCAUCUUAUGAAUGUGCUAUUGAAAAUUCAUUGCUGAAGCAAACCUGGAUGGGACGAUGGGCAAGGAAAGAUGACCUUCGUAGAAUGCAAAGUGAACAUGUUUCACUUUCAUGUCAACUUGUAAACAACUCUUUUCCACCAAACCAAGACUUCAGAGUUACUUGGUCCAGAGUAGAAAGUGGGACUUCCUCUGUCCUGGCUUACUAUCUGAGCUUCUCACAAAAUAUAAUUAUCAAUGAACCCCGAUUCUCAUGGAACAAAGAGCUGAUAACCCAGAGUGACUUCUCUAUGAAUCUGACAGAUCUCAGUCUUUCAGACAGUGGGGAAUAUUUAUGUAAUAUUUCUUCAAGCAAAUAUACUUUACUCACCGUCUACGCACUGCAUGUAGAACAGAGCCAAGGAACAGCUUCCUGGUACAUAUUGCUUCUGAUGUUGGUGGUUUUUCUGAUUUUGUCAGUUCCUGUGAUAAAAUGUUGCCUGGACCGUAUGUUAAGACGUACCUAUUAUGGCAUAGAAAGAAGCCACGUCUUUAAUGAUGAGACAGCCAGCAAAGAUGCUGACAAUGCAAAAGAAAGUAUGCCUCUUUCAGAAUAUCCAGCCAGUACAUGAAAUGAAGACAAGACUGUGACAACACAUGACAACCAUCCUUAAUAUCCAGUGACUUCAUCUCCCCUUUCUUCACUGCAAUCCCAGGCAAAGGCUUGUCAGACCAGACAGUUUUACUACUGCAAAGACGUGUAACCAUUCUCUUUUAUGGUAUCACGUUACUCUUCAAGACAUACGCAUCGUUCGCUGAUCUCCUGCCUACAUUAAAAGCAUAAAUGCCUGGAUGUUAAGGAUUCCAGUUCAACUUAGAAGAGACCCGUCUCAUUCAUUUACAUUCCUGCUGCAGUCAGCCCAGGAGGUUACAGUGAGACUCCCCUUGAGAACUGGGAAGAAAUGUUUAUCACUAGGAGAUUAUUCAAAAUGUGAUCAACUAAUAAUGGGUGAGAGAACAGGUGGUCACCUUAGUGAAAAGGUUAAAAACCAAGGCCUAGAAACCAAGACAAUUGAUUUAACAAGAUAUUUUAUUCUAGUUUUAUAUAAAUGGUUAUAUCAGGGUGAGCAACUAGAUUUUGGAUGGUGAGUCCUGGGGGACUCUGAAGAGUAAGAAUGUCAGUAUCUCUAAGACCACUUAGGGAAACAGGCUGAAAUCAACAUAAGAAUUGACAUUUUUCAAGUUGGGUUAUGCCUGCUAACACCAGGCCUACAUAGGUCAGUGAUUCUAGUCAUGAAGAUAGUUUAAUGAACUCUUCUUGUUCAUAUUGUUAAUCAGCCUUGCCAAAGAUUUAGAUUUCCAUAUAAAUUUUUAUGCAAGAAGAGAAGGGAGAGCCCAGAAGACUUGAUGAUCUGUUCCCCUUAAUUUUAAUCAUUAGUUUACAUGGAAGAAAUAAGCUAAUGUUAUUACUUGUGAAUUUGUCACUAUAACCAGGCUUUUUGAGACUUAAUUGAUCCAGAUUUUGAUCCUAUAGUUUAUUAAAGAAAACAAACUGAAUUGUGGUGUUGGUGCCAUCUGGUCUGAUUUUUCUCCCACAUAUGUACAAAGUCUCCAUACAAAGGAAAAAUGUUAUAAUAUUUUUUACAUAAAGGUACA